AUGGCAACCAGAAUUGUGGAGCGCAAUCCAACGCCGACGCCGCCCCCACCUCCCCCGGCGCCGGUGUCGGGGUCCGGGUCGGGGCCUGCCCCACAGGCGGUGCAGCCGUACCUGCCGCUGUCGUUCUUCCCGCCGCCCGCUAACUUCAUACCACCCAUCUCGGCGCCCGCUCCCACCGCCGCCCCCGCGUGCGUCUCCUCGUCGGUGGCCACCUCCUCGUCCUUCCAGAACGCCGUGGCGCCUUCCGCCGCCCCCGCCAACGCCGCAGGCGGCGCUCCUGCCACCAACAACAGUCACAACAACCCCUCGUCUGCCUCUUCGCAUUCGUCAGAGUCGUCGACGAGUUCCCAGCAGACGUGGAGCUUCGAGGAGCAGUUCAAACAGUUGUACGAGAUCAACAACGACCCUAGAAGAAAAGAGUUCCUAGAUGAUUUGUUCAGCUUCAUGCAGAGGCGAGGGACGCCGAUCAACCGGCUGCCCAUCAUGGCCAAAUCUGUGCUGGACCUGUUCGAGCUGUACAACUUGGUGAUCGCGCGCGGCGGCCUGGUCGACGUCAUCAAUAAGAAGCUGUGGCAGGAGAUCAUCAAGGGGCUGUCGCUGCCUUCGUCCAUUACGUCGGCCGCCUUCACGCUCCGCACACAGUACAUGAAGUACCUGUACCCGUACGAGUGCGAGCGGCGCGGCCUGAGCACGCCGCAGGAGCUGCAGGCGGCCAUCGACGGCAACCGGCGCGAGGGGCGGCGCAGCAGCUACGGCGGCGCCUACUGUGCAAAGCAAGGAAGAAGGAAAGUGAUACACGAUAUGAGUGAGAAGUGUGUAAUAGCGUUGCACAUACGUGUAUUUUUUUUGGUAUACCAACCAACUACAUCUUCUGAAACAGUAUUGUCUUCACUCUUCACUUCUCAUUACAUCAGGUCUCUAUCGCAUCUAGGACCCGAAUACGAAGCACGCCUUGCAGAGUAUUUGCGGAUGCUGAACAGGGAGCUCCGCACAACCUCUGGCACACCUCCCACUCUGCCUGGAAGCCUUGCUGUUCCACUGGGUGUUGCUGUAGGACGAGCACCAGGGACAGUACCAGCUGCUGCACCGCACCACCACCAUCACCACCACUCAUCCCCACGACAACAUCCACAGCAACAACAGCAGCAGCAGCAUAUACUGCAACACCAACAGCUUGCACCACCACCACAGCCACAGACACAACAGCAGACAGGCUCCCCACUCUCCGGAUCUCCCCCACGGCAGCAUACUCCAGAGGAACUGCCGCGAUUGCCCCUCUGGCCAGCACUGUACCCUCCUACAACACCACUGGCAGCGGCAGCAGCAGCGGCAGCUGUCGUCGCAGCAGCUGCUGGUUCUGCUCCCGAACCUCAACAGGAGGCACUCAAUCUGGAAGUACGUGACCAGGCGCGGCAACGAGAAAGAGAGCGUGAGCUGACACCGCAUCAGCAGCCUGCCCUGCAGCAGGUAGUAGUCAAGCGGGAGUUAAUAGUCAAGCGGGAGUCUGAGGACCACAUGUCGCCACCACCAGCCAAGCGGCAGGUCACAGCCAGCACCACUCCACCUGCAGCAUCCACAUCUGGAAACCCCGUGUCCACUACUGAAGCUGCCAGUGCUGUUCCUUCCACUUCUACUGCUGUUUCUAAUCCCACAACGACAGGUGCAUCAGCACCUGGCCUGGGGAAUGCUGUGUCUGAUGAAGAGGGACCAACGAGAACACUACACCAAUCUGCAUGUACUCACAUCUCUAUAACAAGUAGAGGAGAAGGUCCUCUUGGAAACGACAAUUCUCUUAUUGUAAGCAUGGAUCUCAAUGGAAUGAAAUAUCAAGGCAUCUUAUUUGCUAUUCGGACUCCACGCACAUCGUGAGACCAUCCUCAUCAGCGAUUGGAAAUUUGUGAAGGUACAUUGUGGAAGAAGUGGAAAGAAUCUCGCGUCCAAGAACAUUUUUAAACCAGUGUUGUAGUUAUUGAGACCAAAGUUCAUGUUGUUUUGAGCAUAUUCAAUCACUUAUAAAAACUUUAAUGUUAUAGUUGCCUGGAAAAGUGACUGUACAUUUAUUCAUGGUUGCCUAUAUUACCAUGAAAUUGUUGUUGAUUGUAAAAUACCAUAAACGAGGACUUAGUGGUUCACAGUAAAUUAUUGUAAUGCUUAAGAAUUGCCUUUUGUAUUCAGUUUAAUGUUCUUUUUCGAAUAUUUCUCAGUCUGUGAGGGAUUUUUUAUAUAUAUAUAUGUAUAUGUAAAGAUAAAAAAUAUUGUGUGUAUUUAUUUAAGUCUUUUGUGUCUUUUGAAAUUAUUUUAUUCUAGAAGAAGUAAAAUUCUUCAACUUUUGCUUCUGAUCUACAAUAGUGAAUACCAAUAAAUAUAAACUGACAUGAUCACAGUGGAAUGUGAUUUCAGUUUCCAGAGCUGCCAUUUUUGAAGACUGUUUUCUUCCACAUAAUUCAUAAACAUAUGUUGAAUGGAGAUAAACAUAUGUUGAAUGGAGCAAUGAAAUGAAAACAUUAGGAAGACUGUAUUCAGUGCAAGUUUGAUAAUGCCCUGUUGUACAUUAAAGAAAUUAGGAGUAGUACAGUGAGCUGUUAAUACUCGUCAAUAGUCCUCACUCUCAAGCCAAAAAACUAAACAGUGACACCAUUUUGGCACUAACUAUAAGAGCUCUUUAGAGUACUUAGAAAAAAUUUGUAUAAUGGAAACACUGUAUCGUAAUUGCAUAAAAAUGUAUGAGAUUUAAGGAGCAGCAUUAUCUUUCGAUAUUUGUAAAAGACUUAGUUAAAGUAGAACUGAGUGACACACACAUGGAAAGAAAAAACUAAACAUCAAACAUAGGACUUUAAGAACACUGUUUCUGUUAUUGAGAAAAAAAUGUAGGUCAGGAAAGAGAAAUAGGUAGAGGAAAUAAACAGAAGUGGAGAGGCAAGAGUCACUGGACCAGAAGUGACAAAAGCUGCAGAUGAGUUUUCUGUUACCUUCUUUCUGAUUCCUUACAUUUUGUGGAUAAUCUCAAACCUCACCUUUAAUAAUGAACAUUUUGUUUCAUUGCCUAGCUUUGGAAGAAUCCCAACUUUUGCACAUAGUAUUUAGACUUUGGGAGGCUUGAUUUAAGGCUACUCUGUUGUCAAGAUUUCUUUAAAAAUUACUCCUUUCUGUGGGAGAUUACUCAUCCCAUGUUUGGAGCAGCUUCCCUUUCCAGAGAUGAUUUUCCAUCUUAGGUUAGCUUUUUUAUUGGUUUAUUUCCUGUUUGCUCCUUUUUUGCAUUUUAAAUAUUUUCAAAGUUCAGAAUUUGAAAUCUUGUUUCUCUUUUGUAAGUUGACUGCUUCAGCAUCUGGUAAGUGGAUGCUUCUCUUAUCUCCAACAGAGACAACAUGUUUUCUCAGCAUGUGUUCUAAGCCCUCCUAAACUGAGUUUAUAAAUAGUUUCUUAGAAAAAUUUACAGAUACCCCUAACAUAAUAAGCAGUGUAACUAUUACUGAACUGUUAAACAUUACCAUUUAGCAGUAAAAUGUACUUAUUAUAUAGCAAAAUAAAAUGUAAAAAUUUUUCUGAAUUUUACUGUCAUUUUCAUUUGAUGGGUCACAUAAGAAAAUAAACAGCAUGCCUAAACUGACAGCAACACAAUGAAAUUUUUUUAAGAUUAAAUAUUUUUACUGGAGAUAACUGUUUCUGAUACCAUGGUAUUCUCUCUCUGUUUUUAGUAUUGUAAUUAUAAUAAUCAAUAUUUCUUGCUACUAUACCUCAUUACUGCGUUGUUAGAGGAAUAAGUCUGUGUUCACUCACUAGUGCAUUUUACACUGGUGUGACCCAACCAAAAUGAUCAUACAACCAAGUCUUAUGUAACAAUGUACCUACAAUUUGCUUACACACCUGACAGCAUAAUCAUCAGCAGCGAAAAAGAGAUCAGUGAAGUUUGAGCAUUAACAGUUUUCUGUACUGGUUAUAAUUCCCAAUAAAAUUUUCUCUGAAAUACUGGUUGUGAAAGCAGAUGUCAGACAUAUAGGGAAUUUUUGAUUUAACAGAGUAAUUGAGAUUACUUGACUUUUAAAUUUAAAUAAAAAUUUCCAAUAAUUAAAUAAAAAAUUUCCAAAAAAAUGAAAAAGUAAAGAAGGUGUACCAUUAUCUUUCUAUGUAUUCCCUCUCUCUCUCCCCCCCCCCCCCCUUUUCUUUGCUUCUUUCCAUUUUGUGUCAUGUUACAUGUGAGAAUAGGAGAAAGGACUAAACUGUGUCUUAAAUCUCAUUGCUCCAAUUGUUAAAUUCUGACUCUUUUCUGGUAUUGUUAACAACACACUUCAUCCAAAUGAAAAGUGUAAUUUCAUAUGUUUGUACCAAUACAUAAAUAAAUGGUUGAUGUGUUCUGUGUAGAAGACUGAAACAUAGCAGCCUUUGAGACUCUGGUAAAAAAAAAUUAGGAAAAGGUACUUAUAUUGGAGGGGAUAGUGUUACUUCUCUUCUAAUUACAUUUUUCACAAUUAAAAUAUGUUAUUUAUUUGUUAUAAUGCCUCCAUAUAGAUUUAAUACCUGCCUCUAAAGCAUAGUACUGUGGUGUACUUGUCUUUACUCAGAUCUGUUCAUGAAGUUUACACAACACAGGAAGGGCAGAAAGGAAGGCAAUUCCACAUUCUGAUGUUAGGUCUCAUUAAUUAUUUCAUAAAUGACUUUUUUCUCCAUUAAUGUAAUCUGUGAUCGUACACAUUCCUGCAUUGAUAAUUAUGCAACAGUGACAAUAAAUAAUGAGAUUCAAAAUCCAAUGAUGAGAUGAUAAAAAAAUCUCUGGGUUUAAUACUUACACAUGCCUAUUCCGAUGUUAGUGUAUUUGAUACACAGUGAUGAACUCAUGUGUCCUGAAUGGAUUAAAUGGUUCUCUGUAGCAACCGAUGUUAUAUAUCCAAAAGCUACACUAAUUAAUUUGGCUCUGAGAGGACAUCACCCUGUUUUCAUUAUUGUUAGCACUGUCCACUAGUAAUUUUGUGUACUGUAUCUGAAAUUAUACCUCCGGUUUCUUUCAGGACUGCUGUUUCCUCUUAUCAUGCAAAAUAGCAAUGCUACAAAAUUUCUAUUAUCCUUACCUUUUGCUCCUACAUUUCUCUCUUUGAACUUUGCUGAUGAGCUCAUCAUUAUUUACCCAUCACAAAUGGACACAGCCUGAAGUUACUCAUUUCUCCACUUUGGUAUUAUCUCAUGAAGACAAGAAUAGCUCAGGUUCUUAUAACCAUAAUAUUCUUGAAAAUAUAGGUGUUCAUUUUCAAGUCAAGUUUACCAUAUUACCAGACAUUUAGUUCCAGAGUUCAUUCCAUAACAUGUAUUCUUAUUUGAAUCUCUUCUCAUUCAGUGUCUCAUAAUUUAUAGGAAAUGGAAUCCUGUUUUCAUUUAGAUCUCCAGUUUUUUUAACAAUAUGAGUAGCUUGUUCUUUUCUGUCAGAAAUACUCUCAUAACAGCAUCCAGACAAAUGAGGAAUUAUGCCUAUUAAUCAGAUACAUUCAUUUUUAGGUGUCAUGUUCUCCUGACAUUGUUUAGAGUAUAUAAAUAUUUAAUUCAGUGCGCUAAAAGAGAAGUAAGGUAAAGUAAUAUUAAACUCAUGUUUUAUUGUUACAAAAAGAUAUAUCAAAUUUAAGUUAUCCAACAGUUACUACAAGGGUGUUAGGUUACAGUAAAACAAAACAAAAAAUCAUAAAUGCAUAUGUACCUCUCUUUGGUUUAUCACUACAAAACCACUAAUUUUUAUACUUUAUUUUCUAUGCCAAUUAUAUUUUAUCUCCACUGUCACCAGUUGAUGUUAUACAUAUUAUUAGAUUAAAAAAAAGUCCUUAGACUGGUAAAAGUGCUGUUAAGAAAAGAGUUGAACUAUAUAUCUUCCUAUUACAUUUGAUGACAAAGUUGAUGUGGCAUACUGAAAUUUGUGGUCGUACUAUUCAUCAAGGAAAUAAUCUGCCCUUCCCAAGUAUUUUUUACUUUCUGUUAUCAGUAUAUCUUAAAUUUUUUGACAACACAAGCUCUUGUGCAGAAGCUGUACCUAUAUCCAUGGCCUUCAUAAAUAAAAAAUUAGCGCACAGCUGUGCUCUUACAGGUAAGCUAAUGAAUAUUUGUUGUUAAUGCCUAUACUGAAUUAUUUUUAAGAACGAAGCAUCAAAGACAGAAAUGUAGAAUCAUGUAACGUGGCUACUCUGAAUGAGGUGGUAAAUCUCACUUCAGUUCAAUAUUUUAUGUUAAAAAUGGAAAAUAUUAUGAAAGAACCUUUACUUUACAGCAAAAUUUGUGAGUCUCAACACUAUAAUCGGGCAAUAUAGUACCAUCAUUUCUCAGGGAACUUGGUGAUAUUUCAUUGUUAUCACUCAGUUUGGAAUACAUUCUCUUUUAACAAAAUUUCUUGUGUUGUAUAAUCAUUGAUAUAUUGUUCAUA